AUGGAAUUUUUAGAAUUUCUCGACAGGUACAAAAAACAUUUUCCUGAAGCAAUACCUGAACAAGUUAACGAAGCCUUUCAAGUUAGCAAUGAACAUUCAGAAGAAAUGAACGAGAUUAAGAAGAAGGUUCGAUUUCUUGAGGUUAAGCUCUAUAAAACUAAAUAUACCAUUACAGUUUCACACGAAGUAGGAAAAAAUGUCUUAGACAUAACAAGCAUUUUCCCUAAUGAAAUCCUUUCUUUCCUCACAAGUGAAACACCAAUAUCAAUUGAAAGUUUAGAUUUAUCACUUUUACAACAGCAUUGCGAUAAUAAAAGUAAAGUGCAGAAGAAAUUUAUGGAGUUUUUUGACUCCUUAAAAGAACAAACUCGAUAUAGUAUUAUUGAUACAUUAUCAUCUAAUUGGCUCAAAGAUCCAAUCAGAAAGAUUGAUAUUUCGAUUGUGAAUGGAUCACAAGUUCUUUGGGCUCAUCUUGUAUUUACAAUUAAGAUUAAAUAUUCAUUAUAUAAUACUACCAUAUAUCAUGAGGCUGUUGGACAAUUGCUUGUAGAAUUUAUAUAUACUAAUUUAGAACUUCAACUUAAGCGAUCAGACUUAAUGGAAUUCAAUAUUACAAAACCAACAGGAAUACAAAUGUUGUUAAAUCUGAUUAGUUUAAAUCUACACCAACUCAGCUAUUCUCCACCUGAAAAUCACAAAAUGUUAAUCA